CGGGAAGCGAGAGGCCCGUCGGAAAUAGCGACGCACGUUCUCCCCUUCGCCAAUUCAUUCACUCCCAAGGAUCGCGAUUUCCUCCUACUCGGAGAUGGCCCCUAUAAAUCUCCGCACAAAGUGAAUUUCACGCCAGAAAUUGAUUCCGGCCGCCGUUCCAGCCUGUAGUAUUGUCCCCCAUAAAGAGAGAAAGGAGUCAUCAAUUUGCUCAUCGGCCUUCAAGCUCUGAGAUGGCAGAGAAGGCAUGUAUUAAGCGUCUUCAGAAGGAAUAUAGAUCACUCUGUAAAGAACCAGUUUCCAAUGUUGUUGCACGUCCUUCCCCAAAUGAUAUUCUUGAAUGGCAUUAUGUGUUGGAAGGAAGCUCAGGAACACCCUUUGUAGGUGGAUAUUAUUAUGGCAAGAUCAAAUUCCCUCCAGAGUAUCCGUAUAAGCCUCCGGGGAUCACCAUGAUCACUCCCAAUGGGCGUUUUAUGACUCAAAAGAAAAUAUGUCUAUCAAUGAGUGAUUUUCACCCUGAAAGUUGGAACCCGAUGUGGUCUGUUUCAAGCAUACUCACUGGGCUUCUUUCAUUUAUGAUGGACAAUAGUCCGACAACUGGUAGUGUGAACACCACAGCUGAAGAGAAGCAACGUCUGGCAAAAUCAUCUCUUGCUUUCAAUUGUAAGAACCAAACCUUCAGGAAGAUUUUCCCCGAGUAUGUCGAGAAAUAUAACCAACAGCAGCUCUCUGAGCAACAUAUCUCAGAGCAGGUUGUACCUGAGCACCCGAAAGAUGGUAAUGCUGGAGCAGAUAAAGAUGGCAACACCACGGGAGGACAAGUGAAGAACUUGAAUACCCCAAAGGACAUGAGAAGAAACAGGAAGCAAUCAUUCCCCACCUGGAUGAUGUUGUUGCUGAUUUCCAUUUUUGGUCUAGUAAUGGCACUGCCCUUGCUUCAACUCUGAUGUCACUAUCGCCACCCCUGGGUAUAAUCAGACCUAGAAAGGACAGCUGCUACUUUAGUUUUGUCGAGUAGCUAAGCCUAACCUGUGUAUUGUAUAGGAUUCUCUAUUCCGAAAGGGUUUGGUUGCUUAAAUGAUGCUUUUGCCUUCUCUUGUAUCUCUCUCACAUUAGUCGACCUGGUGAGAGUACAUUUUGUGAUAUGCAAUUUCAGAUGAGUUUGUAAAUGGAGUCAUGCCGUCGGUUUUUUCA